AGUUGUGAGCGUGCGCAGUUCUUGGCAUUUUUGAACCAAUCAUGUGACCAUUUACCACCGACAGCGUCUGCAUCUUGCUCAACCGAUUUCUCCUGCACCCCUCCUCUGACAAAUUCAUCAUUUGAAAAGUAACGGACAUUUUCAUUUAUUUUCAUCUUUUCGUUGGUUUGUUGUUGUUGGUUAGAUGGUUUGAAUCUUGUGUUUGAACAAUAAUAUUAUUAUUACCUAUAAGUUUGGCGAGUUUUAAAAGUGAUAUAUCUUUAAAAAAAAGGAUUUUUGAUCCUGUAAUUUACUUGGAAAAUCCAAUUGGAAGUAUGGGCAAUUUUCAGGUUUCUAGUCUUAAGAGUUGUGAAGACUCAUCAACCCCUCUACAAACCAGGCAUCUAUCCAAAGACCGUGAUCCACGCUCUCCUACUGAUGGCAUUCCCAGAACUCCAAUAGAGGUUGUUUCAACUCCUAAAUCAACAUUGAGGAUGAAGGCGGCGGUUACGAAUAUGAAAGCUAAAGAGGAAGCUCUCAAUUUUAUUGAGAGAUUUGAAGAGGUAUCCCAGCAACAAGAGGAAACUGAAGAGGCUGGUACUUUGCAAAAUGUGUCUGAAGAUUUUUCAUGCCAAUUGAAGAUUGAGACAGAACAUCUGGAUGAUGGAGCGGACAGCUCACGUAGAACAUCGCUGUGUAGUUCAGUCAGUGGAGUGCAGGCUGAUGAUAGAUCAUCAAAGGGCUUGCAAAUGGAAUCUUUGAGGUGUGAUAUGGAUUGUCUUUCAAUGAAUGAACCUUCUAUGACGGUGUCUGACAACGAAGACGUGUUUGAGGCUGACGACAAGCCCAUUCAUGAUUGGCUGUCAACCAUGGCAGACCACACUAGCAGUGUCGUUUCAGAGACAAGCCUGCAGGAGAAUAGUGCCAGCAGUCAGAAGCAGAAAUGUGUGGUCUAUGUACAGCAAAGCGCUAGUCCAUUGAAGGAAAGUCCUUACUCGACGCCUAAAACCAAGAAUCCUAUCUCAGAUGUGAAACGAAAGCCAUUGAGUGCCCUGAGCCAAAAUAGUCACAAAGCUGUGAUUGAUCACACCAAAAGUGGAUUGAAAAUGACAAAAGUUUGGAGGAAUAUUGAAGAGGAGAGACAACGAAGAGGCUUGUCGCUGGGAGAUGAGAACACUCCUCCUUCAUACGUGCCGGUCGACAAGAUUUCAUCUGCGCCUGGAAAACUGACAAGGCGUCGGCGUAUAUUGCAAGCAGAGGGGGAAGCUGCCACUUGUAACUAACACACUCGACUAAUCUGUGGGACAACCGAAAUCCUGAGCAAACUCCUUGAGAUUUGAGAGCGGGCCGAUGACUCUGAACUCGCCAGGAGAGUGGACUCCGGUUGUGAUACGCAUCUUCAGCUCUUCAUCCUUGAUCUUUAAGCACCACGACUUGGCUGCGCUGAUCCAGAACAUUUGCUGAGGUGAGAACAUCUGUAGGCCGGGUAGCCUUGGCUCAGGGCCGUUCUGUCGCACCCACUCACGGUAAGCGUAGUACGACAGUUUUAUACCUCCGUUAUCAGCUAUGUUCUCACCUUGUGUGUUAAUACCAUUCAACUGAAAAAUAUCAUAUUAGAUGUUCAUUCUAUUAUUAGUAAUCUUAUAUCAUAUUCAAAUAUUAUACAAUUAGAUUUAGUAGAUAUUUAUCAAGAAUUGACACAAGCAUUCUAGCGGGUCUUGUUGAGUGAAAGAAACUAUUUUGAUUAUUUGUAUAAAAUUAAGGAUAUAUCUCAGAACUGUAAAAAACUUGAUUCUCGAUACUGGAAUGUUGAAUGCUCAAUAGAACUAGCGUAUCAUAAUUAUUAUAUUAAUAAACAGUAUAAUUGUUUUUAAUAAUCGUAGUCGUGUACAGUUGAUAGCAUAUUAAAUCUAAAUAAUCCACUGCGUGGACUUCUGUAAAUUUAGUGUAAGUUAGAGUGUAUAUCAUUUUUAGAUAAGAUCCAACCCAACCGCUAGCAAUAAGAAACUUUUAGAUGGAUUCUUUGUCGUAGUAUUCUAGAUAAAUUCAAUUCUUGAUUUUCAUUUUUUAUGCAAUUGACUACACUUAUCACAAGUUGAUUCAACAAAUUUAUGAAUAACUUCCAUUUAAAAAUAAAUAUGUAAAUGUUCGGGAUUUUGCCUUUACUUUGUAAUAUGAUAUAAAUUAUAUUUAUUAAAGACUGCUUCUCAAUUGUAAAAUA